UUGUUAUUUAGUAAAACGUAAAUAAUCUAGUGCGAUGGUUGUACUUUUUAAGAGUUUUCUAGUACAAAGAUAGGUGUAAGUCAAGAUGGCUGAGAAGCCUGAGAAGGAUACUGUGAUCAGAACGCUGCUGGCAUCAGCUCCCCAGAACUCAUCACUCUCACAGCCCAGCACUCCAACGCAAUCACCACACAAGGCUGGUAAUUCAGGUGUCAUACACCCAUCCUUCCGUCGGCCAAGCUCAGCAUCACGACCCACUUCUCCACGUGCUCUGGGAUCAUCACACUCAGAAUCCGAUGCAGGAUGAAAGAACUCUGGAGAUCCACAUGCAAGGUUCACAUCAAUGCUCAGACUGGCCAGUGGGCAGGUACGGGAUGUAGAGGAAAGUGAGCCAGAUGUUGUGUUGAUGGAUCAUGCCUAUGCUCGGCCAUGGAAUUGGCGGCCAGAAGCUUCACAUGCUCGACCUAGGAAGAUGCUCUUUAUGACAAAAUCUUCUCGGCAAAACCGCAGCACUCAUAGCAGUUAUGAGGAAAUGAUUGACGUGGACUCAGAGCCUUCUCCUCCCCCCCCACUGCCCUACGAUCUGAAUAAGGCCCAGCAGGUGAUGAGCGAGUGUGAGCGCCAUGUUGUCUUUGCCCGUCUUGACCAGAUCAAGGCAGAGGUCCCCCACCAGGAGAAGGAGGCACCUGAGGAGGAGGAGGAGGACUGGGAAGAGAAGAUACCAAAGAUUGGAUGGACAGAACCACAGAUGGCCCUGUUUAGCAAAGUUGUACAGAUCCUUGACUCUGACAGGCUGGCGCGCCUCAGCCUCAAAGAUUCAGAUAAUGAACCCGUGAAGAGGAGGGCACAAGUUGACAAGACAGCAGCUAAGUUCAGACAAGCUUUAGCAAGGGUGAACUGGGACUCCAAGCUGACCCAGUGGCUUCACUCCAUCCUCCUCCAGUACCUGAGUCUUCCUUACCUGGCUGCUUAUCUUGACAUCCUCCAGACCCUUAAGUCCAAAAUUCCAACCCUGGUGGAUAAGAUGGUGGCCCUAAGCAGCACCCAUCGAGGGGCCAGCGUAGAGGCCCUGAACCUCCUGUUGAAGAGACCCUGGGACCCAGCUGUGCCCUCCCUCAAUCAGCACAAACCGCGUAAACUGGAAGGGUCCGCAAUCAUCAUUCAAGUUCCAAGUGGUCCCCCCUCGAGCAUCCCCCAAGCACCGCGGAGAAUACGCUUCUUCAAUGCGCAGCUCCACCACAUGGCCAAGACUGUUCCUGUCAUGAUUACACCAGAGAGCAAUGAUGCAAGUACUGUUCUGGAGCAAAUACUGUCUGAAGUGCGAGCACGGGUGGUGGAGUGCAAGAGCCAAUACCCCAACAGUCCAUCGUGCUGCUGGGCUGGGGCAUCGGGGCUGUCAUUGCGUGCCAUCAUGGAAAUGGUGUUGUUCCUGGAGCCAGCACUCUUCCAUGCACAUUAUGCUUAUGCACAUUACAUUCCACAUUUGUUUAUCAAUGGGAAUAAUGCUUUUAAGUGCAAAAUGAGUCAAAUCACACUCCCAAGAGAUUUAUGCACUAGUGGCAAGUCCUCUGUGUCACCCUGGCCUUCGUUCAUGAUGGUGUCCAUGCUAGAGAUGGUGACGGCAAACAUUUGCCUAGGGUUUCCAGUGACAGGUGCGACAGGCAAGCGAGGGGAAGCAGAUGACCCAUUACUGGACAUCCGUACCCCAACCCUCUUCAUCAUAGGAGAGAAGGCAUCAAAUGUCAGCGUGGAUGACAUGGAGGACAUUCGCAUGCGUCUGCGUGUGGAGACGGGGCUGGUAGUUGUAGGGGGAGCUGACUCACACCUGCGCCUCUCGUGCAGAAGCGGCACAUGGAAGGUCACACAGUCUAUGGUGGACAGGUGUAUUGUUGAUGAAAUUGGUGACUUCCUUUCACACCUGCUGAGUGAGAGCAGUGGCAGCUCAUCCUCAGUUUACAGCCCUUGCCCCUCCACAGCCACCAUGUGACUUCAUCCACUGUCUACCCACACUCCUCUGUUACCUCCUCCUUCACCAACCCCCUCCCUCCCAAGUCCCAACGCAAGGAAGGCACUCGCAAAAGGAAGACAUCCACAGGCAGUUCCCUAGAUGGCUCUGCACCUCCUUCCCCUGCUAAGAUAUCCAG